GUUACUCUCCCUUCUUUGUUUUUCUUGUGAGUUUUAGCCUCUCCAAUGGCUUUUAUCAAGCAAUUUUCUUAUUCUUAUUCUUUGUUAUUGGUGAUUUUCGUGGUGGUGUUGAUGGGGAGAAUGGCUCUAGGGCAAGACGAGAAUCCGAUUGUUGGAGCAGAAGGAGGGAGGAGGAGAUCGGAAACGGUGCCCGCUAUGUUCAUUUUUGGAGACUCCCUCAUUGACAAUGGCAAUAACAAUAAUCUUCCUUCUUUUGCGAAGGCUAAUUACUUCCCUUAUGGUAUCGAUUUCAAUGGCGGUCCGACUGGACGUUUCUCUAAUGGCUACACCAUGGUUGAUGCCAUUGCUGAGGAGUUGGGGCUUCCCUUGAUCCCUGCUUACUCUGAAGCUUCCGGGGAUCAAGUGCUUCAUGGAGUCAACUAUGCUUCUGCCGCGGCCGGCAUCCUUGACAUCACUGGAAGAAACUUUGUGGGCCGUAUACCGUUUGGUCAACAAAUAAGGAACUUUCAAAAUACGCUCGAUCAAAUUACUGGUAAUCUUGGGGCAGCUGAUUUAUCAAAGGCAAUCGCAAGAUCGAUAUUCUUUGUAGGGAUGGGCAGCAAUGACUACUUGAACAACUAUCUCAUGCCAAAUUACAAUACCAAGAAUGAAUAUAAUGCCCAGCAAUAUGCUGAUCUUUUGGUUGAACAAUACACACAGCAACUCACUAGCCUAUACAAUCUGGGAGCUCGGAAAUUUGUACUAGCUGGAUUGGGAAGAAUGGGAUGCAUUCCAAGCAUUUUGGCUCAAAACCAGCUUGGUGGGUGCUCAGAAGAAGUUAACCAGCUUGUUUUACCUUUCAAUACGAAUGUGAAGACUAUGAUUAACAAUCUUAAUACCAAUCUUCCCGGUUCAAGAUUCGUUUUCAUCGAUGUCGCUAGAAUGUUCGAAGAUCUCUUACUCAACUACAGAUCCUACGGAUUCAGUGUGAUAGAUCGAGGAUGCUGCGGAAUCGGGCGAAAUAGAGGGCAAAUUACAUGCCUUCCAUUCCAAACACCAUGUCCAAACAGAGAUCAAUAUGUGUUUUGGGAUGCAUUUCAUCCAACUGAAGCUGUGAACAUUUUAUUUGGAAGGCAGGCUUUCUCUGGAGACCAGAGCAUGGUUUACCCCAUGAACAUACAGCAACUUGCCAAUCUUGACAUUGGACCCAAUUAAAAGAAAUCAAAUCAAAAUUUGAGAGCCAUGCAUGUAAAAUGUUUGAGUUUUUAGGGUUUGUGAGUGGGAAUUGAACUUAAUGUGUAGUAAUCAGAGAACAGUUGUGAUUAUGGUUUCUUUCUUAACUGCAGCCAAUUUGGUUAGUCUUUGAUGGAUUUGUUUCCUGUGUCUAGGAAUAUAUAAAUUUAUGUUUGGC